CCGGGGAGGAGAGUGGACGGACAGCGGCAUGGGACCCGCCGGGCGCCACUCCCCGCCGUGAGGCGGCUAGGGAGCGGAGGAUGGGGCCGCCCCGAAGGGUGCGGGGUUUGUCCGGCCUGUGGUUCCUCAGAAGACGAUGAGGUCAUUCAAGAAGGUCUCCUCAGGCUCAGCAGGGGCGAGUAAAGGUGGAGACGAGCCCGGGAAGUUGCCGGAGCAGGAAGAAGAGGAGGAAUCCCAGGUUUUGCACGGAACCGGCCAUUGCAAAUGGUUCAAUGUGAGAAUGGGAUUCGGGUUCAUCUCCAUGAGCAACCGAGAGGGAAGCCCCUUGGAGUCUCCAGUUGAUGUCUUUGUACACCAAAGCAAGCUUUACAUGGAAGGAUUUAGAAGCCUAAAAGAAGGAGAACCAGUGGAAUUUACUUUUAAGAAAUCUUCCAAAGGCCUUGAAUCAAUACGGGUAACAGGCCCUGGUGGGAGCCCCUGCUUAGGAAGUGAAAGACGACCCAAAGGGAAGACAGUACAAAAAAGAAAACCAAAGGGAGAUAGAUGCUACAACUGCGGUGGCCUCGACCACCACGCUAAAGAAUGUAGUCUACCUCCACAGCCAAAGAAGUGCCAUUACUGUCAGAGCAUCAUGCACAUGGUGGCUAACUGCCCCCAUAAAACUGUCUCGCAGCAGCCCGCUAGUUCUCAGGGAAGACACGAAGCUGAACCGCAGCCUUCCACUUCUGCUUUCCCAAGAGAAGGGGGAGGAACGCACGGCUACUCGUCUCCAUCGUACUCUCAGGAAGGCAGGUCGGAGAUCUCAGAGCGCCCGGGCAGGUCACCACAGGAAGCUUCGUCAAGUAAGUUGUCUGCGUCGCCCGAAGAACCGAGCAGAAAGGGGCCUUCUGUUCAGAAAAGGAAAAAAACUUAAAGCAUUCGUCAUAACUUUCCAUUUUCUUUAUCCUCUUGGGAUGUCUACCUCAUGCAAGUACAGGGGAAAUAAUUUCAUUAUCAGUAGCUGACCUGGAAUUUUAACUACUGUUGAGGAACUGUGAAUUUUUUUUUUUUCUUUGAUAGACAAAUCACUCCAAGCAAAAUACAUUUG